AAGACAAAUCGGGUUCUUGUCGGGCCUAAGCGAGGAAGAGUUCUUUGGAAAAUUUCUACUUACGAAUAAACCCUGUCUUUUUGACGCUCAAAUGACCCGUGAAUGGCGUUCUCGCAGAGAAUGGGUGACAGAAGGCAAACCGGACGUGAAAUACUUGAAGACAAUGUUUGAAGAUGCUGUGGUGCCAGUUGCUGACUGUGGGAAGACAGAAUUUGGUAGUCAUCCAAAGCAGGACAUGCUGCUUAGUGAAUACAUGACGUACUGGCAAAGAGUGAUGAAUAUAAGUGAGACUUCAUCGACAUGUGAUUGUCAACCUGAGAGAAUCUUGUACCUUAAAGAUUGGCAUUUCACGAAGGCGUAUCCAGACUAUGGUGCUUAUGACUUGCCGUCUCACUUCUCUGUUGAUUGGUUGAAUGAAUUCUGGAGCAAACGACCGGACAAGAGGGAUGACUAUCGGUUUGUUUAUAUGGGACCAAAAGGAACAUGGACACCAUUUCAUGCAGAUGUUUACAGAUCAUACAGCUGGUCUGCUAAUAUCUGUGGCUCAAAGAGAUGGCUACUGGUUCCUCCCUACGGUGAGGAAAACUUCAAAGAUUCCUACGGAAACACUUUAGUUGAUAUACGAAACGUCAAAGGCAACAGCAAGACAACGAGUCCUAUUGAAGUCAUUCAGAAUGCCGGAGAAGUCAUUUUCAUUCCAAGUGGAUGGUAUCAUCAAGUUGAGAAUUUGGAUGAUACCAUUUCUAUCAAUCACAACUGGGCAAAUGCGUGCAACGUGGACAUCAUGUUUGAGAAGCUGAGGAGCGAUCUAGACGAGGUGCAAUGUGCAAUAGGAGACUGUACAGAAAUGGACGGAUGGCACGAACAAUGUCAAGCAAUCCUGUUGGCCAACAGUGGCGUGAACUACAUGGAGUUUAUACAAUACAUAUCAACUAUUGCUGAUCGAGUGCUUCGUGAACUCGAAUGCUUGAGAAGUAGCAACACAGCAGAACACAAGACGGAGUUUCUACCAAGUUCGUUGGAUGUUCUCUCAGCUCUGGUGUUGUUCGACUUCUCUGCGAAGAGAAGCCUGAAGUUGGAGGAAGAAAUCAUCACGACUUCAGGAGAAUUAGUGCAGAUAGUGUAUUUCCGCGUAUUUUAGAGAGGAGCGAGCAACUUAGUGUAGAAAAACUGACUAGUCGUAUACAGCAGGCUUUAGCUUCUUGCUGUAGAUAUACAGGCCUGCCUUCUAAGUGGUUUCAACUAGGAACUUUGACAUAGUAGUGACUUUGUAGGUAUCAAUGCA